ACCUACUUAGUUUUCUCUGUUCUAGACGCCCUCAUUCCACCCCCGCGCGGCCCAGCCCGGCGUCCUCUACCCAGGCACUGCUGAGGUUUACCAGGCCCGGCCCGGCCCGGCCUGGAGAAAGUGUUUCUAUAGGGGGGAAGGGAGGUCCUUCCCACCGGAGCGGAAGCGGCGCGCGCCGGCCAGGCAGACUUAGCUCGCGCCCUGGGAACAUCUGGAGGGGGCUGGGAGGGGCGCGCAUCAAGGGUGAACGUGGAUUGGCUGCUCGGGAGGAGGGAGGCGGGGUCAGUGCGAGGGGCGGGGCUCCCCGGCCCCUUUAAAGCCUUGACAUCAGGAGGCGGCUCCGGCACCCCCCUUUCUCUGCCCCCCGACCCCAGUUCAUGGCCAUGGACCUGGCGGAUCCGGCCUGCCCUGGCCCAGCUCAACACCUGAUUUCGGCGAGGUGACCGUUCUGGAUGCUAGAGUGAGUGUGCCCACCUGUGUAAGGGGGCAGAGACAGCCUGCCGGGCGUCUCUCCCUUGUUCCCAGAGCCAGAUGUCGGAGGCCAUGGACCAGCCGGCUGCAAGUCCUGGAAACCCAAGGCCAGGAGAGGGUGGUGAUGGCAGCAUGGAGCCGGGCACAUGCCAGGAGCUUCUGCACCGACUUCGGGAGCUGGAGGCAGAGAACUCAGCGCUUGCCCAGGCCAAUGAAAACCAGCGGGAGACUUACGAGCGCUGCCUGGACGAGGUUGCCAACCACGUGGUACAGGCCUUGCUGAACCAGAAGGACCUUCGAGAGGAGUGCAUCAAGCUGAAGAAGAGGGUGUUUGACCUGGAACGGCAGAACCAGAUGCUGAGUGCCCUGUUUCAGCAGAAGCUCCAUCUCACCACCGGCUCUCUCCCUCAGAUCCCACUCACCCCGCUCCAGCCGCCAUCAGAGCCACCAGCCUCCCCCUCCCUGAGCUCCACUGAGGGACUGGCCGCCCCACUGCCUGUGGGCCACUGUGCUGGGCAGAGAGAGGUAUGUUGGGAGCAGCAGCUGAGGCCAGGAGGCCCAGGCCCCCCAGCCACCCCACCCCCAGCGCUGGAUGCCCUAUCCCCAUUUCUUCGGAAGAAGGCCCAGAUUCUGGAGGUGCUGAGAGCCCUGGAAGAGACUGACCCCUUGCUUCUGUGCUCACCUGCCACCCCCUGGCGGCCUCCAGGCCAGGGUCCUGGCUCCCCAGAGCCCAUCAACGGCGAGCUGUGUGGCCCACCUCAGCCCGAACCCUUGCCCUGGGCGCCCUGCCUGCUGCUAGGCCCUGGCAGCCUGGGAGGCCUGCUGCACUGGGAGCGCCUCUUGGGGGGCCCGGGAGGGGAAGAGGGUACUGGGCGGCUCUGGGGUCCUAGCAGGGGACCUCCCCAGGCCCAGGGCACCAGCUCUGGCCAAAACUGUGCCCCAGGCAGCAGCUCCUCCUCCUCUUCUGAUGAAGCAGGUGACCCCAAUGAGGCACCCAGCCCCGACACCCUGCUCGGUGCUCUGGCCCGCAGACAGCUGAAUCUGGGCCAGCUCCUUGAGGACACAGAGUCUUACCUACAGGCCUUCCUGGCUGGGGCUGCAGGCCCACUCAACGGGGACCGCCCAGGUCCCGGGCAGCCAUCUUCCCCAGACCAGGGGCCCCCACAGCUGUCCAAGUCCAAAGGCCUCCCUAAGUCAGCUUGGGGUGGGGGUACCCCAGAGGCCCACAGGCCAGGCUUUGGUGCUACCUCAGAGGGCCAGGGGCCCCUCCCCUUUCUUAGUAUGUUCAUGGGUGCUGGGGAUGCCCCACUGGGCUCUCAGCCUGGCCACCCCCAUUCCUCAUCUCAGGUGAAAAGCAAGCUCCAAAUUGUCCCCGCUUCUCCUGGGGAAGCCCAGGGACCCCUUCUGCCCUCUCCAGCCAGGGGUCUCAAGUUUCUAAAGCUGCCUCCAGCCUCGGAGAAGAUUCCCAGCCCCGGCGGCCCGCAGCUCAGUCCCCAGCUCCCUCGGAACUCACGCAUCCCCUGUCGGAACAGUGGCUCAGAUGGCAGCCCCUCCCCACUGCUGGCCCGAAGGGGUCUGGGUGGAGGAGAGCUGUCCCCAGAGGGGGCGCAGGGCCUGCCCACCAGCCCUUUACCCUGCUCCACAACCCCAGACUCUGCACAGCUCAGACCCCCGCAGUCAGCCUUGUCCACCACGCUGUCCCCAGGCCCAGUGGUAUCUCCCUGCUAUGAGAACAUCCUGGACCUUUCUCGGAGCACCUUUAGGGGGCCUUCCCCAGAGCCACCUCCGUCCCCACUGCAGGUGCCCACCUACCCACAGCUAACUCUGGAGGUGCCACAGGCCCCCGAAAUUCUCAGAAGCCCUGGAGUUCCCCCCAGCCCUUGCCUCCCGGAAUCGUACCCCUAUGGGAGCCCCCAGGAAAAGAGUUUGGACAAGGCAGGCUUGGAGUCUCCCCAUCCUGGCCGCAGGACCCCAGGCAACCCAUCCAAGAAGCCCAGCCAGGGGUCAGGACGGCGACCUGGGGAUCCCGGCAGCACACCUUUGCGGGACAGACUGACGGCCCUGGGGAAGCUGAAAACAGGCCCCGAGGGGGCCCUGGGCCCAGAGAAGAAUGGGGUGCCAGCCAGGCCUGGCACUGAAAAGGCCCGGGGACCAGGGAGGUCAGGGGAGAGUGCUGGAGACAUGGUGCCCCCCAUCCACAGGCCCCCGGAGCAACUAGAAGCUAAGGGGAGCAUACGGGGGGCAGUAGCUUCGGGCGCAAACAGCCUGAAGCAGCAGGAACCUGGACUCAUGGGGGAUCCUGGGGUCCGAGUCUACUCCUCUCACUCCAUGGGGGCCCGGGUGGACCUGGAGCCUGUCUCACCAAGGAGCUGCCUCACCAAAGUGGAGCUGGCCAAGAGCCGGCUGGCAGGGGCUCUGUGCCCCCAGGUACCCCGUACCCCUGCCAAAGUGCCAACCUCAGCCCCAAGCCUGGGCAAGCCCAAUAAGAGCCCUCACAGCAGCCCCACCAAACUCCCUUCCAAGUCACCCACCAAGGUGGUACCUCGACCUGGGGCUCCUCCCGUCACCAAGGAGUCCCCCAAGCCUGACAAAGGGAAGGGCCCUCCCUGGGCAGACUGUGGUGGUACCACAGCCCAGCCCACACCCACAGUACCUGGUCCCACUGACCCAAGCCAGGGCCCCGACGGGCUGGCCCCACACUCAGCCAUUGAGGAGAAGGUGAUGAAGGGCAUCGAGGAGAAUGUGCUGCGGCUCCAGGGCCAGGAGCGGGCCCCCGGCACUGAGGUCAAGCACCGCAACACCAGCAGCAUCGCCAGCUGGUUCGGCCUUAAGAAGAGUAAGCUACCAGCACUGAACCGCCGCACAGAGGCCACCAAGAGCAAGGAGGGGUCUAGCGGGGGCUCCCCGCUCCGGAGGGAAGUCAAAAUGGAAGCCCGGAAGCUGGAGGCUGAGAGCCUCAACAUCUCCAAGCUGAUGGCCAAGGCGGAAGACCUGCGUCGGGCGCUGGAGGAGGAGAAGGCCUAUCUAAGCAGCAGGGCCCGGCCACGGCCUGGGGGCCCAGCCCCAGGGCCCAGCACGGGGCUGGGGCAGGUGCAGGGCCAGCUGGCUGGCAUGUACCAGGGCGCAGACACCUUCAUGCAGCAGCUGCUCAACAGGGUGGAUGGCAAGGAGCUGCCAUCCAAAAGCUGGCGGGAGCCCAAGCCUGAUUACGGGGAUUUCCAGCCAGUGUCUUCUGAUCCCAAGAGCUCCUGGCCAGCCUGUGGGCCCCGGAAUGGCCUGGUGGGCCCUCUUCAGGGCUGCGGAAAACCUGGAAAGCCAAGCAGUGAGCCAGGGAGGCGGGAAGAGAUGCCCUCAGAGGACAGCCUGGCCGAGCCAGUGCCCACCUCACACUUCACAGCCUGUGGCUCCUUGACUCGAACCUUGGACAGUGGCAUUGGGACCUUCCCACCCCCAGACCAUGGUAGCAUUGGGACCCCCAGCAAGAAUCUUCCUAAGACCAAGCCGCCGCGGCUGGAGCCCCCACCUGGGGUACCCCCAGCUCGGCCCCCACCCCUUACCAAAGUCCCCCGCCGCGCCCACACGCUGGAGCGGGAGGUGCCAGGCAUAGAGGAGCUGCUGGUGAGUGGGCGGCACCCUAGCAUGCCAGCCUUCCCUGCGCUGCUGCCUGCUGCUCCAGGCCACCGGGGCCAUCAGAACUGUCCUGAUGAUCCCUGUGAAGACCCAGGUCCCACCCCUCCUGUCCAACUUGCCAAGAACUGGACCUUCCCCAAUACCAGGGCAGCCGGCAGCUCCUCGGACCCUUUCCUGUGCCCACCCCGACAGUUGGAGGGGCUGCCCAGGACCCCCAUGGCCCUGCCCGUGGACAGGAAGCGGAGCCAGGAGCCCAGCCGCCCAUCCCCUACGCCCCAGGGCCCAGCAUUCGGGGGUAGCCGAACCCCCAGCACUUCGGACGUGGGCGAGGAAGGCAGAGUGGCCAGUGGCGGCCCCCCAGGGCUGGAGACCUCGGAGUCUCUCAGCGACUCGCUCUACGACUCCCUCUCCUCCUGUGGGAGUCAGGGCUGAAGGGCUGCGCCACGCCAUGGCCCUGCUGGAGUUGGGGACCACAGACUGGACCAGCUCUCUUCGUGCCCAGCCCCUGGAGCCAGGGGGCCCCUCCCUGAAGGGACCAAGGAGACAGGUGGAUAAGGUGAAAAGGGGGUCCCUGGCACACCCCACCACCCACUGCUACUGUGGAUGAGAUGACCGUGCUCAGCUCAGGGAGAGACCCCAGCCCUUGGUUCCUUCUCUCACCCAGAGUAAGGCUCUUCCUUGAAGGGACUGGGGGUUCAAGGCCACUGUGUCGCAGCCCCCCAGCUGCCACUUCAGGCUGAGCCAUCUUGUGGUGCUGGGCUUCCUGCCCACCAGCCGUGCCAUCUCUGCCCAACCUGGCUGCUCCCCUACCCUGAAGCCCCCGUGAGGCCCUUCUGGAGGCCCCUGUGCUGGUGGAAUUUGGGGGUCAGGGGGACAAGUUGCCUUCUCUCUCUGCCCUGGUCCUCCCGGCUGUCUGGAUGGUGCUGCCCUCCCCUGCCCCAUGCCUUUGGGGUCUAUUCGUCUGUCUUUUUUGUUGUUUUUAUAUAUUGAAGCACCUGGCCCAGCCCCAGCCCCCAGCCCCGCACCGCGGUUAAUUUAUCUGUUGUUCAAAAUGCGGCUGCUCUGCUUCCUGCCUCUGCUUCUGCCGUAUCCCUAAUAAAAUGUGGAGGCCCCUCCCUG